AUGGAAGGAGCCGCGGCCUCCUCCGAGGGCCUGCGCUAUGCCGAGUACGCCAGGGUCCCUACGGGCGCCGGCAAGGGACAAGCCGAGCUGGACCGAGGGCUGGCCAGAACUAUGAUAGCGGUUGGACUUGGUGUUGCAACUGUUGCAUUUGCAGGUCGUUAUGCUUUCCACCUUUGGAAACCGUUGGAGCAGGCAAUGACAGAGACAGCAAAGAGGAUUUUAACUUCUAGUCUUUCAUCGUACUAUAAAGGAGGAUUUGAACAGAAAAUGAGUAGGCAAGAAGCUAGUCUUAUUUUAGGUGUAAGUCCAUCUGCUGGCAAGGCCAAAAUCAGAACAGCCCAUAGAAGAAUCAUGAUUUUGAAUCAUCCUGAUAAAGGUGGAUCACCUUACUUGGCAACAAAAAUAAAUGAAGCAAAAGACUUGCUGGAAUCCAGUGCCAAAAACUGAAAUCCAAAGCCUUGUGUCAUAGGAGAUUCAGCAGAUGCAUUGUGCAACAGCUUUCGUAUCUACUUGCUCUGCACAGUUUCUUAACCCUGCACUGAUUAUUCAUAUUUAUUGUCAUAAUUAAAAAAUUAAGAUUAUUUAAAAGCAAACUGAAAUCUUUUACAGUUAUGUAAAGUUAUGUACAGUUAUGCUUGUGUGAGGAGCAGGGAGUUGGACUUGAUGAUCCUUAUGGGUUCCUUCCAGCUCAAGAUAUUCUAUGAUUCUGUGUCUCAAUUUUAAUGUAUUUUUACUGAAUAUUGAUCCAUUACAGGCUUUGAAAAUGUUCUCUUGCUGUCUGUUUUUUUUCCUCAGAAGUA